GACGACGUUCCGGUUGUAGUUUUGCUUGAAUGGCGCAGCGGGGAGAAUAACAUUAAGCAUGUCGAAAAGGAAAGUGACGUUUCAGGAUGGAGAUAGUGAGAUUACUUUGGAAGAAGAGAUUCCGAAGAAAAAGAUGGUUGAUGGUUUGACUGGCCCAGGAUCCAGAUUUAAGGAAAAACACUCUUUGGACAGUGAUGAGGAAGACGAAGUAGAGGAUGUAGACAAUAGCAGUAAAUAUGACAUCCUGGCCAGCGAUGAUGUGGAAGGUCAGGAAGGGGCGACCAUUGACUAUGAUGAGGGUGUACGCAUCACUCCUUUUAACCUUGAUGAGGAAAUGCAGGAGGGACACUUUGAUUCAGAGGGAAACUAUUUCGUUAACAAAGAGAAAGAUAUCAGGGACAACUGGCUGGAUAACAUUGACUGGGUGAAGGUAAAAGAGCAGCCUGUGAAAAAGAAGAAAGGCCUUGCAGCUAAGAGGAAGAGAAGAGUUGGUGAUGAAGAUGAGGCUGAGGAGGAGAUAAAACGAGAGGAGCAGAGGAAUGACAGUGAAGAUGAGGAGGAAGAGAAAGAGAAAGAGCCGGCAGAAGACCCUCUGGCUGCAUACAGUCAUUAUCAACUCACAGAAGCCAUCAUUGAGCUGCUACUGCCCGGAGAAACUGUGUCUGCUGCUCUAAGAAGACUUGGUGGUCUUGGAGGACAGAAGAAGAAAGGAAGACAAAGAAAUGGAGAGGAAGAGAAAAAGGAGGCUUCAAACAGAGAUGCCGAUAAACUUGACAAACUGACAGCAUUGGCAGAUAGACUGGUGGGCAUUGGAGAGUUUGAAAUCUAUCAGCAGACAUAUGAAAAACUGGCCUACCAGCUGAAGGGGAUGACUAGAGGAAAAGCAGCCAAAACACUAGGGGAUGAAGAGGAGGAUAAAGAUGAGCUUGACAUGUUUGGUGAUGACUUUGAUGAGAAGCAUGAUGCGGAUAAAAAUGAGGAUAAUGAUAACAGGAAAGUGAGUGAUGAGGUCAUGUGGGAGUACAAGUGGGAAAAUAAGGAAAGCUCUGAGCUCUACGGACCCUUCAGCAGCCAACAAAUGCAGGACUGGGUGGAUGAGGGCUACUUCAAUGAUGGAGUCUACUGCAGGAGGAUUGACCAGGAAGGCGCUUCAUUCUACAACUCAAAGAGGAUAGACUUCGAUCUUUACACAUGAACUGUCUAUAAAUCAUUUUACUGGUUUUAUUUGAUUUCUUCAGCCCUUUCGAGAGAGCCUUUCUGAGCAAUUGUUUACUCUGCAAUAAUUGACUUGUGUGCCCACACACAUUGGUAUGUGCACCUGUGUUUAUACGUGAUGUUGUUUUAAAAUAAAGUCUUUUCUGGCUGGA